AUGGGGCGCAUGCACAGCCGCGGGAAGGGCAUCUCGUCGUCGGCGCUGCCGUACAAGAGGACUCCCCCGAGCUGGGUCAAGACCGCCGUCGCCGAUGUGGACGAGUUAAUCACCAAGGCCGCGAAGAAGGGCCAGAUGCCGUCGCAGAUCGGCGUCCUACUCCGUGACCAGCACGGCAUCCCCCUCGUCAAGAGCGUCACCGGGAGCAAGAUCCUCCGCAUCCUCAAGGCCCAUGGGCUGGCACCAGAGAUCCCGGAGGACCUCUACUUUCUGAUCAAGAAGGCGGUGGCGAUAAGGAAGCACCUGGAGAGGAACAGGAAGGACAAGGACUCUAAGUUCAGGCUCAUCCUUGUGGAGAGCAGGAUCCACCGCCUCGCUCGCUACUACAAGCGCACCAAGAAGCUCCCGCCCACCUGGAAGUACGAGUCUACCACCGCCAGCACUCUGGUGGCUUAA